AUGCUGGGAGCCGAGGGCUCGCGCCAUGGCGGCGGGUGCGGGAGUCCGAGCGCGAGUCCGGGCAGCUGCGCUGGGCAGAUGCUGGAAGUGCGGCCCGGGCUGUAUCUGGGUGGGGCGGCGGCCGCCGCGGAGCCCGAUCGCCUGAGGGAGGCGGGCAUCUCGGCCAUGCUGACGGUGGACUCGGAGCCUGGUUUCCAGGCGCGGGCUGGGCUCGAGGGUCUGCGGAGCCUCUUCGUGCCGGCGCUGGACGAGCCCGAGGCCGACCUGCUCAGCCGUCUGGAUCGGUGCGUGGCGUUCAUCGGCCAGGCGCGCGCCGAGGGCCGCGCGGUGCUGGUGCACUGUCAUGCAGGCGUGAGUCGCAGUGUGGCUGUAGUGACUGCUUUUAUGAUGAAGACGGACCAACUGACCUUUGAAAAAGCUUAUGAAAACCUCCGGGCUGUCAAGCCAGAUGCUAAGAUGAAUGAGGGAUUUGAGUGGCAACUGAAACUGUACCAGGCGAUGGGUUGUGAAGUGGACACCUCCAGUGCGGUUUAUAAACAGUAUCGUCUGCAGAAGGUUACUGAGAAGUAUCCAGAAUUGCAGAAUUUACCUCAAGAGCUUUUUGCUGUUGACCCAACCACCAUUUCACAAGGAUUAAAAGAUGACAUUCUCUACAAAUGUAGAAAGUGCAGGCGAUCUUUAUUUCGAAGUUCUAGUAUUUUGGAUCAUAAUGAAGGAAAUGGACCUAUAGCCUUUGCCCACAAGAGAAUGACACCAUCUGUUGUGCUUGCCACAGGGAGGCAGGCUCAGUGUACAUCCUACUUCAUUGAACCUGUACAGUGGAUGGAGCCUGCUUUGUUGGGAGUAAUAGAUGGACAGCUUCUUUGUCCAAAAUGCAAUGCCAAGUUGGGUUCCUUCAACUGGUAUGGUGACCAAUGCUCAUGUGGUAGGUGGAUAACUCCUGCUUUUCAAGUACAUAAGAACAGAGUGGAUGAAAUGAAAGUACUGCCAGCUUUGGGGUCACAGACAAGAAGAUUAUGAACUUGUGACAUCUGGUAGCUCAGAAGGAAACCUGAUAUUUGCUGCCCUCAUCAUCCUUCAUAGUGGAUUAUCUAGCUUUUAGGGAAACAUUUCAUUUGGGAUAUGAGAUAAUCACUUGAUGUAACUGAAAACUGCUUGGUUAGCUCAUCACAUGCAAUAAUUAGAAGACGUGGCAAUCCAAGGUGUUAAUUUUGUAAAUUGCAUCUGAUUUGAUAUUAAAAUCUUCCAUAAUCUA